UUCAAAGCAGCAUUUAUUCCAAAGCUCGAAAUAUUCUUGUGAUUAUUUACGUCGCAGUGCAUUAGACGAAAAAAAAAAACAAGUUUCCGGUUAUAAAAACUGACCAAUUUUGAAUAUCAUACAUAUUAGCCUUGACGAUCUCGAUGCUAUACGUGCAAUUGCAACCACAAUUACUCUGUCAGUUAAUGCGAGUGACACAUUUAAAAAAGAACGCGAUAUUCAAUUGAGAGAGAGAGUGAGUGAUUCAGAUUGAAUCAGACGUAAAGUCAAUUAGAUUGAAACGCCGCAGCGAAUAACAUCACUUUCAGUUUUGAUUUGUUGCUGCAAUCGGUGAUGUAUAUUUGUGCCUGAAUUGAAAUUAGUCACCGUUCAAUGGCUUUUAUCAAGCCGAACAAUAAAAAAAGACAUACACAAUGUUCUGCGUCGUUGAAUUAUGUUGAAUAGUUUUAUGCUCUUUCAGUUUGAUUUAUUCCAAACAUCGAGUAUGACAAUAAUUUUUCGAGUGCGACCUCACAACACACAAAUACAUUUUUUUCGUGUCGCGAUUUGUCAAGUGUAGAAAAACAGUUAGUGUCGAUUAGUUUGAAAAUUUGUUGUGCGUGAAACUAACAAAAAAAAUCGGUCGCGAGGCAGCUACUGAAAAUGGAGAGCGACAAGCCACAGAUAAGAACAGAAACCAAAUACAACGUUACUUCAUGCUACUUUUGCAGUGAAUUUCUUGAUAACAGCGAUUUUAAGUCACACCUCGAUAAAUGCAAAAACGCUCUACAACGCUGCCCGAGAGAGUGUUUGGCCUAUAUUCAACGCAAAAACAUGGAACAACACCUAGCCGUAUGCCCGAAAAAAUUAAAUGAUAUCGUAAUCACCGACCACGAUGAUGAGUAUUACAUUUUAGAACAAAAUAUUACAUUGCUACGAUCGGCUUUGCACGAAGAAAUACGACAGCGACAUCGUUUAAUUGCCGACGUAGGUGCGUUGCGGAAAACAUUUGCCGAAGAUUCAGAGAAUCAUGCUAUUGAAAUUGAUACGUUUCAGAAAAAACUCAGUGACUUAUCGCGACAGUGCAAGGAAGUAAAAGAAUGGCGAAAAGAGCUUCGUAUAUUACUCGAUCGAUUCGCUCAAGAUUUGGAGUUUCGAAAUGACGCCACCUUAAACUUCGAGAUAUUAUUUUGUGAAAAAGAUAAAACAAUUUCGAAACUCAAUACGCUCGAAUGUGAAGUGGAAAGUUUAAAAAAUGAGCAAGAGAGACUAAACAGUUCCAUGACAUCGGCUGCCACAUCAAAUGACAGUUUCGACCCAUCAUACUAUCGAUCGAUUCACUCGUUGGAGCGGACAAGAUUAGUGCCAGAACGAUGUCGCCGAUGUACAUUUCUCGAAUGGAAAUUAAGCGAAGCAUUGGUUGAACUGCGCCAAAUGAAAAAUAUCGUCUACGAAACUGAGGUGAAAUGUGAAAAAUCAAAGUCAAAAGUUAUAGAUGCGCAUAAGUUAUGUGCUCAAGCCAAACAAGAAUUGGUCGAUUUGCAAACACAUCUUACGGCCGAAAAGAAUAUGCGAAGCAUUUUGAAUUGUGACGGUCAUCUGAUUUGGCGUAUUGAGCAAUUUGGCACGAAAUUGAAAGAUUCCAAAGAGAAUGACAUCACGCUUAAAAGCCCGAUAUUUAGUAAUAAACAAUAUGGUUAUGCGUUGCGGUUGGAUGUUGUUUUGAAUGGCUUAGGUAAGUGGAAAGGUCGAAAUAUGCUUGCCGGCUUAAUGGUUAUACCCGGUGAAUGGGAUGCAUUGCUUCGUUGGCCAUGCAAAUUAAAAGCCGACAUAAUUCUUCGAAAUCAAUCGGGUGAUUCAGCAAACAUAUCUAAGACGAUAGUUGUGAAGAGGCAAGAUGGCACAUACGAACAAAAUCAAUACAUUUUUAUAUCGCAUCGAACCAUUCAGAAUGAGAUUUUUCUAAAAAACGACUGCAUCUUUCUUGAAGUACUUGUACAUGAUUCAUAAGAAACACCAUUAUCUUUAAAAAAUUAUUUGGAGUCACCAAAACUACCAUUAAGUAUUGUCGUUUUUUUUUGUAAAUCAAAAUUGAUGAAAAUUCGUGUGUUCAAAAUAAAAAUGCGCCCUUUAGUUUACACAAUGUCAUAA